ACGCGUCCCCACUGCCUCGGAGAUCGCGGCUUCGACCAAUGAGCGGCUUCGCGUGAGCGGGGCGCCGGGCACGUGACCCUGGAGCGGCCGCGUCGGGCCCGGCGCGGCGGAGCCGAGCGGAGAAUUCGCCGUCGCUGCCUUCCCCUUCCCCGCUCCCCGCCUUCGGACGCGGCCUCCCGCCGCUCGGCAGCAGCGCCAGGUCCCGCCGCCGCGGCGGGGUCGGUCUGCGCGGCGCGGAGCUGUUAGUGCCGUUAGCGCCGUUAGCGCGACCGCAGUGACAAGACAACAUCUGGGCCUCUGCAGCAGUUUCUCUCCUGGUCUUCUUGGGUUGUUCUGGCCUGUCCACAUUGUUUCUGUCACUGUCGUGGCUCUGGAUGGCUAGUGAAGAGGGAUGUUCAGUCUAAUGGCCAAUUGCUGCAGUUGGUUAAAACGGUGGCAGGAACCUAUCAGGAAGGUGACACUAAUAAUGGUGGGUCUUGAUAAUGCUGGUAAAACUGCUACAGUCCGAGGAAUUCAAGGAGAGUCUCCUGAAGAUGUGGCUCCAACAGUUGGGUUUUCCAAGAUUGACCUUAAACAGGGACGCUUUGAAGUCACCAUCUUUGAUUUAGGAGGUGGAAAACGAAUUCGGAAUAUCUGGAGAAAUUACUAUGCUGAAUCCUACGGUGUAAUAUUUGUUGUGGAUUCCAGUGACAUUGCAAGAAUGGAAGAAACAAAGCAAGCCAUGAUAGAAGUUUUAAACAGCCCCAAGAUAUCAGGAAAACCUGUGCUAGUGCUGGCAAAUAAACAGGACAGAGAAGGAGCUCUGUCAGAAGCAGAUGUAAUCGAAUCCUUAUCUCUGGAAAAGCUUGUCAAUGAACACAAGUGUCUGUGUCAAAUUGAACCUUGCUCAGCUGUCAUGGGCUGUGGGAAAAAAAUUGAUAAAUCAAUAAAAAAGGGUUUAUUUUGGCUUCUACAUAUCAUAGCAAAAGACUUUGAUGCCUUAAAUGAGCGCAUCCAAAGAGACACUACAGAACAAAAAGCAUACGAAGAACAAAAGAAACUAGAACGAGCUGAGCGAGUGAGAAGGAUACGAGAAGAAAGGGAAAGAGAAGAAGGAAGAAGUGUACCUGAUGAGGAAGACCCUGAGCCUGGCAACUGUGAAAACCCCUUUCAGCCUAUAUCUGCUGUAAUCUCUGAGAAUGAAAAACAAAUGGAAAAGGAAAAGAAGCGGCAAAGGUUGGAGACUGAAAAGGCUACAAUUGUCUUGAAAUCUCAAACAGAGCAAGAACAAAUGGAUGCCCAGAACGUCUCAAGUAGCAGUAGCCAAAAUACAAAUGAUAGUAGACUAGAAACAUGCAAUUCUACAACUACACAGCUUUUGCAGCAUGAAGAAGGGAAUGAGCAAGCCUCAGAAUGCCUUGACUCAGAUAACAGUAAGAAAAAAAAUAAGAAACCAAAAUUAAAAAGGGGCCACAGAGUAGAACCUGUUAAUGCAGAAGAUGCUGUUCCCAAAAAUCCUACGCCACCACCAUCUCUUCCACCAGUUGGCUGGGGAACUCCCAAACUUAAUAGACUUCGAAAACUUGAGCCUCUUGGUGAAACACAUCAUGCUGGCAUAUAGAGAGAAGGCGGCAAGAAAGAAAAGCCUGAUGAAGAGAUUUCUACGGAAAGCCUCUGCCCCCGCUGACUAUACGCCAAAGACCCAACGGCGAUACCCAUGAUGUCAUUGCUUAACUGGAUCACAAAUAGCAUUUUAAAAAAAAUCUAUCAAUCAGAAACAUUUUUUGCCCUUGAAGGAAAAUUUUAAAAAUGGCAGUCUAUCAGCUUGUUGCAAAAUAACUUGGUGGCAAAUAAACAUGGAGUUCAUUUUAUCGUACUUAGUUGAUGAGACUUCGUCAUUUACUUUUCACAUCACCAGCUCUUCUUCAGGAUUUAGCAUGAAAUGAAGAAAGGUCUAUGUGUCUAUGGAUGCUCAUGUGAACGUGGUAUGGAAUAUUUAUUGGGUUUACUUGUGAAAAUUCGUAGCUGUAAACCUGAAGAAAAAUACCAUCAAGAUCACAUAAUACUGGAUUGUAUGUUCUCACUAAGACCUUUCUCCAGGUGCCGCACAUCGUUGGUAUUUUUGCAGCUAAUAAAUAAAUGAUUCUAAAGCAUUUUAUAAGAUUCAUGUAUGAUAGAGUGAAUGUGGGAAGGUUAUGCAACAAAUAUUGAAUAUAUUUUUCUAACUUUUUAUAAAAUUAUUUUAAAGUUUUAGUGGACACACGUACCUACUACCAAUAAAAUGAUACCUAGAAAGCGUUAGAAAGCUGAUAGUCAAAUGCAUACAAGCAGAGUAUGUUUGACUCUUAUGUUUCUCUUACAGUAGCAAUACCACUUAUUAGAGAUUACAUUACCAGAUGCAUAUUUUGUAUUUCUGGCAAUCUGAAGGGGGAGGAAGGUAGAAAGGGAAGUUUAAAAUAAAUACAUUUUAUACAAAAUUAUUCCGUUUGAAUUGUCUGAAAGUUUUCUUAAGUGUUGUUUUCUUUGUUUUGUUAACUGAUUUUGGCAUAGGUAAAAAAAUGCAGUUGGAAAAAUAGAGCUGAAUAUUGUAUUGUCUACUACAUCGUACAAGAAAAUUGCACAUAGUGAAAGUUUUGCACUAAUUCAGUCCUCAAUUCUGAUGGAAAACUGAAUCACCCAGUAUGCGUAUAAGCUCCAGCACUUUUUAAUCUUGAUAAUACUAAAACACCACCUUGAAAGCAAAAGAAACUCUAAAUUAUUAAGGACUUACAUAAUAUUUUCAUGUCAUGUGUUAAUUUUACAUUAAAAAAAAAUCACAUACAAGUGAUGCAUAAACAACAAGGGUUACAGUUGGAUAAAUCUCUAUUUAAAUGCUCUGUAUGUGCUAUUCUUCCUCUUACAUUGGAAACAACCAUUGGUAUAUUAUGCAAAGGUAAUGCCAUUUAGUUACAGGAAGGAUGAAACUCCCAUUCAAAGGUUUUUUGAAGAAGCAUUACUUGAUUAUUUUCUAUUACGUUUUCAGUCUUCCAUAACAUGUUACUACCAAAAGAUUUUAGUAGAUGUUUAAAACAAUGCAAGGUAUAUAUUCAGCAUUUUGACAUUAGAAAUCUUUACCGUAUACCCCUUAGAGCAAUGAGUUACACAAAUAAAUAUCUACCGUAUUAAUUGAAAUUAAAUUAUUAACUAAGAUUUUUAAAGAGUACGUUUGAGUGGGGGAAGAAAAUAAUCAGUUUUAGGAAUAUUAAGUUUGGAAUGGGUGGAGAGGAAUAUUCCAAGUUUGCUAGUUUAGUGUAAGGAUGAAACAAUUUGUAUGUGACUGCGAGCGUAAGAAUACUUUUGUUGUGUUCUAAUAGUGUAACAUGGUUCAGUUUGAUUAUUCUCAGGAUUUAGUCAUUUUCACUUCAAACACACACAAUAUGAAGUGGAGAGGGGGGCUGCAUAAAAGCUUACUUGUGCAAUCUCAAUCUUACUAUCUUUAGCUAUGUUACCACUUAUAUUUUUUGGCUUAAAGGCUCUAAAUUUGCAAGCUUAUUUUUUUACAGCUUCAGUUUCUAGAAAAGUAUUACCCUAAUCUAAAUCUAAAAUAAAUCUAAAAUAAAUUAAUGGAAGUCUUUAUUAAAAAUAAAGCUGAGUACUGCUGUGGAAACAAAAUUUGAGAAAUGGAAAUGGAAGAUGUUGAUACUUAUAUGUGAAAUAUGUGUUAUGCGUGUUGUGUAUGUGAACACAUGUAUCAGUUUUGUUUCUGCUUUUAAAAUAAAUUUUACCAAU